AUGAACGGAUUUUUAGGAAAGAAAAAAACGACAGAAGACAUACAAUUGGAAAAUAUGGAGGAUGUGUUCAUACCGGUAUUUUGGACGGAAAAUAGCGUUUCACUGAGCGACGAAUACACGAACGGAGUUAAAAUUAUGUUGAAAAUAGUCGAAUUCGGUCCUUUCGUUUAUUACGGACUUUUCAUUUUGGGUUGUUUGAUUAUCCUCGGAGUCAUACUGCUACACGUUUUCCAUUAUAAAAUUCCAAGAGAUGAAAAGAAAAGGAACAUGAACGGAUUUUUAGGAAAGAAAAAAACGACAGAAGACAUACAAUUGGAAAAUAUGGAGGGUAAAACGAUAAAGGAAGUCAAAUAUAAAUUUUCCGAAAUUCCGAUGUGA